ACAGAAGAAACGUGGCUGUUGCUCUCUCCUUUCUUGCACCCUUCCCUCAACGCUCCUACUCCACGAUGGAAUUGUCUGCCCUCUACUUACCAUCCUCUUCUAUUUAAAUGGUUACGAUUAAAUUACGUCAUUAUUUUAUAUUUAUAUUACUUUUUAUCUUAAUAUAUUUAUAAAAAAAAUUAAUAUAAAAUAUUAUUAUGCCUUAACGUAACCGUUCAAAUAUAAUAGGAUGGAAAAGGGAUGGUUAGCGGAGGGCAGACAAUCCCAUCCCCUAUUCCAAUAUAACCCCUCCCCGCCCACACCUAGUUCCUCUCAACGCGCACUCUUCAUCCACCAUGGCAGCCAGUUCCCGGACGCUCGAGAUCACGGUCAUCUCCGCCGAAAAUCUGAAAUUAGAUCGAAAACCCAUCAAGAAAAACGCCUCCGUCACCGUCCGGACCGACACCAACAGUCAGUUUCGCACCACGGAAAUGGAAACUGAAGGCGGCUCCUACCCUCGAUGGAACGAGAAGCUCGUGCUCGACAUGCCAACUCACUCGAGGUUCAUCACGGUGGAGGUCCAAUGCAAGACGUCGUACGGCGUCAGGACGAUCGGGACGGCGUCGAUCCCGGCGUCUGAUUUUGUAGGUGGGUACGUGCCGGAGGGUUACUUGCAUUUUUUGAGUUACAGGCUGAGGGAUCACAUGGGGGAGAGGAAUGGGAUUAUUAAUAUUUCUGUGAGAAUGAAGGUUCCGGAGAUGUACGCUUGCUCAAGUUCAACGACGUCGUCUCACUCGAAAAUGGGGUUUCCGGCGGCUGGGAACAAUAAUUCUGGCGGCGGCGUUGCGAUAGGAGUUCCCGUUUGGUACGGUGCUUAUCAGAAAAAUUAUUGAAGAUUCACCUGCAGAAACCAACGACAACAAAACAUUAUCUCAUUAAGCAUGGUCGAUUGUGUGAAAGCUCGAACGUUAUUGCGCUUAGUUCUAUGCAAACUUCUUUUUCUUUUGAGUCCCACUCACAAUUUUGUGUGUAAAUAUUAGAGGAUUUAGAUUUUUCUCAUAGUGUUAAAGAGACCAUUUAUUUAAAUUAUAUAGCGUGUUUGUUGAUGACUGAA